GGUAAGUCACAGUACGAGAACAAAAGCAAACGACUCACUGCAGAGACACAUCGUGAACCAGACUAUAUUUUUGACAGACUUCUAUUUUCUGGAGAGCAUGGAGGUGACAAAGACAAGGAGGAUUGUCCUGCUGGGAAAAACUGGAACUGGGAAAAGCAGUCUGGCUAAUACCAUAUUUGGCGAGACCAGAUUGAAGAUUAAUCAUUUUAAUGACUCAAACGCAUGUUUGUCUCAGAGCGAGACCAAGACUGUUGAUGGAAGAAGCCUAACUUUAAUCGACACUCCUGGUUUCUUUGACCCAAGCAGGUCUGAGAAGUUGGAGCAUGAGAUGUUGAGCUGUAUUACAGAGUGUGCUCCGGGUCCUCAUGUUUUUCUUAUUGUGCUCAAAGCAGAGAAAUUCACAGAGCACGAAAAGGCUGUCAUCGCACAAUUAUGUGAACAUUUCUCUGAAGAUGUUCUUAAAUAUGCUGCAGUUGUUUUUACUCAUGGUGACCAGCUCCCUGAAGGAAUGAAGAUCAAGGAUUUUGUUAAUGAAAGUGAGGCUCUGAGUGAUCUGGUGGGGAAGUGUGGGAGUCGGUGCCACGUCAUUGACAAUAAAUACUGGAAGAACAACCAGGAAGAUGAAUAUAGAAGCAACAAGUUCCAGGUGGCAGAGCUGCUCAAUAGCAUAGAAGAUAUAGUGACAGAAAACAAUGGAGGAUACUACACUAAUGAAAAGCUCCAAACAUUGGAGACAGAAAUUCAAAAAGAGGAAAAUCGGGUUAGAAAGUCAUCAGAAAAUCUGUCACAGGAAGAGAUCAGAAAGCAGGCUAAAGUUAACAUCAUUAAGAGACACAUGGAAAAUGCACAAAAAUCAUGGCUUAAAUAUUUUGUGGGUUUUGCUGUCAUCACAGGAUUAUUUGCAAUUGUCUCAGCUUUGUUGAUCAAAUCAAAGUUUGGAAAGGGAUCUGUUCCAUCUGUUCCCGUUCCAUCUGUUCCAUCUGUUCCAUCUGUUCCUGUUCCAUCUGUUCCUGUUCCAUCUGUUCCAUCUGUUCCUGUUCCAUCUGUUCCAUCUGUUCCCGUUCCAUCUGUUCCAUCUGUUCCUGUUCCAUCUG